AUGUCUGGCACCGGCAUGGACGCGCACAAGGCGCCCGGUCCCCAGAACCGGAGCGAUUCCAUUGAUGACUACGAUGUCUUCGACGAUGCCAAAACAUAUUACGCAGCUGACCGCCACAAGGGCACAAAGGCCUCGGCCCGGACUCGCACCUUCUCCCAGAAUAGUCUCAUGCAGCAGAUGGAGAGACUGGGCCUGAAGGAGCCUUUCCGCCGGGGAAGCCAUGACGAGACUACCCUCCAGCAGAACCGCCGGUUCCUCAUCUCGGUCGAUGCCACCCUCGAGAGUCUACAAUCACAGGAGGACACAGAUGGCAACAUGCAGAUCACAAUCGAGGAUAACGGCCCCAAGGUGCUCUCUCUCCGGACCGCCGCAUCCAAUGGCUUCAACAGAUUCGACAUCCGAGGGACCUACAUGCUGUCCAACCUCCUGCAGGAGCUGUCCUUGGCCAAGGAGUUCGGCCGCAAGCAGAUCAUCCUGGACGAGGCACGGCUGAACGAGAACCCGGUCAACAGACUUUCCCGCCUUAUUCGUGACCAUUUCUGGGACGGCUUGACGCGGAGAAUCGACGCAUCAACCAUCGACAUUUGCGCCAAGGACCCCAAGGACUGGACCGAUGACCCUCGCCCACGCAUCUACGUCCCAUUCGGCGAACCUGACCAGUUUGAGUUCUACACCAAAGUCGCAAAAGACCGGCCGGAACUGAGGUUGGAUGUCGUCCGGCUGCCAGACUCGAUGGAGAUCACUGCUGAAUUUAUUCGUGACUUGAACAACGCUCCAGGCCUUCUCGCUGUUGAGAUGGAGAAGAUCAAAGAUCCCAAGACCGGCGAGGAUACGCUACGUGGCGUGCCGUUUGUCGUGCCUGGCGGCCGUUUCAACGAGUUCUAUGGCUGGGACAGCUACAUGGAGUCGCUGGGCUUGCUUGUUAACGACAAGGUCCACCUCGCCAAGUCCAUGGUGAUCAACUUCUGCUUCUGCAUCAAACAUUACGGCAAGAUUCUGAAUGCCACCCGGUCCUACUACCUAGGUCGGUCACAGCCGCCUUUCUUGACCGACAUGGCACUCCGUGUCUAUGAAAAGAUCCGACACGAGCCAGGAGCGCUGGACUUCCUCCGGACGGCCAUACUAGCUGCCAUCAAGGAGUACCAUAGCAUCUGGAUUGCUGCUCCUCGUUACGACCCCGUCUCAGGCCUAUCCAGGUACGGGCCUAUUGGGCUGGGCGUUCCGCCAGAGACGGAGGCUAAUCACUUCGUGCACGUCCUGGAGCCCUACUGCAAGAAGCAUAACCUGGAGUUCAAGGAGUUUGUUCGCGCUUAUAACAAUCGCGAGAUACUCGAGCCAGAACUGGACGAGUACUUCAUGCAUGAUCGUGCUGUGCGAGAGUCAGGACACGACACCAGCUAUCGUUUCGAGAAGGUUUGUGCGAAUCUUGCGACCAUUGAUCUGAAUUCUUUGCUCUACAAGUAUGAGACGGACAUUGCCCGCACCAUUCGAAACAUCUUCAACGACAAGCUGCCUAUUCCUGAGGAGUACUGCGUCGGCUCGCUCGUUCCCGGCCAGGUCGAGUCCUCUGCCAUCUGGGACCGCAGGGCCAAGCGCCGCAAGUUGGCCAUUGACAAGUACCUGUGGAACGAAGAAGAGGGCAUGUACUUUGAUUACAACACCGACACACACGAGCAGGCCACUUACGAGUCGUGCACAACAUUCUGGGCGCUCUGGGCCGGUGUUGCAUCUCCCAAACAGGCCGCUGCCAUGGUGACCAAGGCGCUCCCCAAGUUCGAGGCGUACGGAGGGCUGCUAGCCGGGACGCUUAAGAGCCGCGGUGAAAUCAGCCUCGCCCGGCCGAACCGUCAGUGGGACUACCCCUACGGCUGGGCACCGCAGCAGAUCCUCGCUUGGACGGGUCUCUAUCGUUAUAGCUUCACGGAAGAGGCCGAACGCUUGGCGUACAAGUGGUUGUUCAUGAUGACCAAGGCUUUUGUGGACUUCAACGGUGUAGUGGUCGAGAAGUACGAUGUGACGAGGCCAAUUGACCCGCACAGGGUUGAUGCCGAGUAUGGAAACCAGGGCUUGGAUUUCAAGGGCGUUGCGAAAGAAGGGUUCGGCUGGGUCAACGCCAGCUACGUCUACGGCCUGCAGAUUGUGAGUGCUCACAUGCGCCGGGCGCUGGGUACAUUGACGCCGUACGAGACAUUCGUCAAGGCUCUCGACGAGAACCGGGCCAAGGCGCUCUCUGAGAUGGCUUAG